ACGAGUCCGCGCUGGCCAUGCGGUCCUCUGGAUGGGGAUGAAGACCAGAGGGCAGGCCGCGUUUCUGAGGGGGCUGGACUCUGACCUGCCCACCGUGCCUGUGACGUCCCCCAGCCUGUAAACCAGCUGAACCAGGUUGGCCUCAGGACACCCGGAGCCACGGGACGCCAUUUUCCUGCCUGGAUCGCCGUGGACCCAUCAGGCUGCAGCAUGGCUCUGCUCAUCCAUAUGCUGGCCUGUGCAUUUGGCUCAGGCUCUUGGGUGGCGGUGAACGGCCUAUGGGUCGAACUGCCGCUCAUCGUCAACGUGCUGCCCGAGGACUGGAACCUCCCAUCCUACCUGACCGUCAUCAUCCAGCUGGCCAACAUCGGUCCUCUGCUGGUCACGCUCACGCACAAAAUGUUCCCCGGUCGUCUGAAGGAAAGCAUGGUCAUCUAUGCCAUCCUGUCCAUUGGGGUCCUGUCCUGCAUCCUGCUGGCCUUCUUCUGGGACCACACCACGGUGGUGGCGGGGGAGUUGCACAGCACCGCCUUCUUCAUCCUAACAUUCUUCCUCUCCCUGGUCGACUGCACUUCCUCUGUCACCUUCCUGCCUUUCAUGAUGCAGCUCCCACCAAAAUACAUCACCACCUAUUUCCUCGGCGAAGGGCUGAGUGGGCUCGUCCCCAGCCUGGUGGCCCUGGUGCAGGGCGUUGGCAUAGCCAAGUGUGUGAACACCACUCACAAUAACAGUGAUGCUGUCAAUUCAUGGUCCCUACAGACCCAAUAUCUUCCUCCCAACUUCUCCACUGAGGUGUUUUUCUUCUUCCUGGCGGCCAUGAUGUGUAUAAGCCUGGCUGCUUUUUGUACACUCAACAGACUUCCUCUGACAGUCGAGCUGUCCACAGAGAACCUUGUGCCAGAUGCCGCUGCAUCUGUCUGUUCUGACCUGGAUAACCCUGCAGCGGAGAUGGAUGGUGAUGGUGUGAAGUGUCCGGGUGAGGGAACCGACCGCAGCAGAGCCACACUUGCCAAAGCCAAACAUUCGCUGUACCAGUUGACCUUCAUCUACUUUAUGGUGGUCUGGGUUAACGCAGCGACCAACGGCCUGCUGCCCUCAGUGCAGACGUACUCCUGUAUGCCCUAUGGAAGCCUGGCCUACCACCUCUCUGCUGCACUGUCAUCUGUGGCCAACCCAGUGGCGUGUACCAUCACCAUGUUCUUCCCAAACAGGUCCCUGGUCUUUCUGGGCGUGCUGGGUUUCCUGGGGACUGGAUUCGGGAGCUAUAACAUGGCGAUGGCGGCUCUGAGUCCGUGUCCUCUGCUGCAGAACUCUGCCAUCGGGGAGGCUGUCAUUGUGCUCUCCUGGGUCGUCUUCAUGGGAACACUGACUUACGUGAAGGUGAUGGUGGGCAUCAUCCUGCGAGACCGGAGCCACAGUGCGCUGGUGUGGUGCGGGGCCGCAGCGCAGGCGGGGUCCCUGGUCGGGUCCGUCACCAUGUUCCCGCUGGUCAACGUCUACAAGCUGUUUAAGUCCGGAGACCUCUGCAACACGACGUGUCCCUCGUGAUGGUCGACGUGAGGAGGAAAAUGGCAUGACUUUGAUACACGGGGUAUGGAUGGAGAACGCCACGGAGACCACAGCACCCUCCAUAGGCGUUCUUCCCAUAAUCGGACUCUUCAUUUAAGUGGAACCCUUCUCUUGGUCCAGGGGGCCGCGACCCUCAGCCCUUUGUUAAACUAAUUGCCUCUGCUGUUGUUAUUUUGGUGGUUUGAUGCCAAUACAAACCAUAUCCGGUCUUUUCUGUAUUUGUGUGUGUGAUCAAACCUAAAUUUAAUAUGCCACAAUGGCAAUUUCUGUUUUACAUUUCAAAGUCACAAUGAUUAUACCAUUGUAAAUAAAAUAUGAUGCAUGAGAAUCUUGCUUGGUUACAAGGAUGUACCUCUGAUUAUAGUAUUUUGUAGGUAAAAUGAGCUUGAAACAUUUUUUUCCCCCAGUGUUUGUCCAUUUUGGAACAGUCUGUUGUUCUGACACUAGAUGGCACAAGUCUACUUAUGUAGAUGACAUUCUCCAUUCAACCACCAACCACAAAACGUUUCAUCGUUCAUUAAUCCUGUGUACCCACUGAAGAACUGGUGAUACAUUAACUUCUUUCCUAUAAAUAUAACUUGUAUCUAAUAACUGCACCAAAUUGUUUAAAAUAACUUGCACUAAUAAUUGUAUGGUAACGUGUUCUGUUGCUAAGAAGAGAAUCUUUGGUGUUUGUUUAUAUAAGGAGAUUUUACCACUGAUACGUGGACGGUGUACAUUUUUUCCCCCCCCUCAGGUACGAUUUAGAAAAACAACAUUAAAGGUUUGUGAUGGAAAUCAAAGUUCUGGGUGGUUUUCCAACUAUGGCUCG